AUGAAAGAGCAAGUGAAAGAGCUAGAGAAAGAGCAAGUGAAAGAGUUAGAGAAAGAGCAAGUGAAAGAGCUAGAGAAAGAAUUGUAUGGUAAAGAGUGCGUUGCCGAAAGUAUCGACUUUGCUGUCGAUGGAGUAAGUGAAGAUCUUGAUGACAUAACUGUUGAAGAGGAACUUUCCUGUGACUUAGCAAAAAUAUUUACAAGGAAUAAAGAAGUAGUUGCAGUGAUGUUGGAAACUUUAUCCAAUGGCUAUAUAAUUUACCUUUCGAAAAACACUGCUUGGCUUGAGAACGAUAAUAAAUAUGUUAAUAAUAUUACUUGUUAUUUGAAAACUAUAUCGACAAAUGCUCCCAAGAGAUUAGUCAGUGUUGAGACAGCUUUUGUCAAAGAAGUGGUGUCAUAUUGUUCUGCUAAACUUGAGUCUAUAUUUGAAAAGCUUAAAAAUGAUCUUAAAACCACUGAUGAUGAUAAUUAUAUUAGACACAUUAAAUCUUUCAAAGAUUUUAUUUUAGCUAAGGAUUAUGAUAUGGAUAUGCACCAAUUAUCCAAAAUUUGUUAUGAGUAUUAUAAUAUAGUUAAAGAUGAUUCUAGCAUUCCCCCAAAAUUUUUAGGGCAUAUUAAUAAGGCGGGAUCUUAUAUUGAAUCUAUGUUAAGUAUCACAAGAUGUGUACGUAAUAAAAAGUAUAAAUCACAAUUCUCUAAUGUGAUAAUGUAUAAAGGGGUACCUGAUAUUAUAAAAGAUCAGCCUAUAUAUUCGUGGAAAAAUAUUAUCAAAAGGUUUACUGAUGAUUAUAAAGUUUUCAUGGAUAAUUGUUCGAAAAAGUCUGAAAUAAUGGAAAGAAUAAGAAAA